GCCUUGCAUUUCCGCAGCCCGAGUCGAGCGGUUGUCAGAAUUAAACGGCAUUACUUUUAACUUACUAGUAGUUGUACAAGGUCCAGCACGUGUGAGAUUCUAAUUGCUGCCGAUGUUCAAUGAGUCCUUAAUAAAUUUAUAUACAUCAACAACUUUCAAAUUGAAAUGAGAAACAGCCAACAGAUUUCGGCGGCUACCGUCUCUUUGCUAGGUAUUGUCGUCAUGCAUAUCACCUGGGGUUACAGUGAUGCCAUACCAGUGACAACAAAUAAAGCCAUCCACAAGGACAUCGAUCUCGAAAUCGAGAUGACGAAUCGGACUACAAGAGCCGGAAAACCUAUCGCUCACGAAUUAUCCAUCGCAACAUGGAACGUAGGUUCGUCGAUUGAUUCCAUGAAAUGUCUAAACCCGGAAAACCCAAUCGUGUGGUUUUUGGGGGGCACUUGGAUCUUCUACGAAGGAUGGGUGGAGAUCAAUCGCACAUGCGAGGGAGGUUUCCACUACAACGGCUGUCCGUACACGCUGUGGAUUGCCCAUGAAUGUUCCGGGGCCCAUGGCAGCUGUUCAUUUAUCCCUGCAAAGCCGGACGAAGAAAGCCGUUGCCCGACGACGCACUACAGCCUCCGAUAUCAGUGUCUUCCGGUGCCAACAGCCGAAAACCCGCUCAAGCCCUAUGCUAUGACGCCCGAGAACGCCGACCCGAAUGAUCCGUGCCUGCCGCUGUAUGUAGGCAAACAGGCCGGUGUCGGCGGGUAGUAGGAGUCAUUCGGAUUUUAAUUUUUUGGUUCGUGAAUUCUGCCACGAAGUUCCUGAACUUUAAGGCACCUCAUGUUGAACACUUUCCUAACGAAGCUGAAUGCUGCCCAGAUAACCGAUGGGAUAUUGAAAUUACCCGUAAAUAAAUGCGAGCAUGAAAGCAAAGUCAUGCUUUCUUAAUUUUCGUAAGGCAAAAGAGAUGGAAACAAUAAAAAUUCG